AUGAAUACAUCUCAUAGUAUAUCGCCAGAGUCAAUAGCAUCUGAUGAAAAAUUAGAACCAAACACAAGUACACUUUCAAGUAGAUCGUCCAAGUCCCAAAAAAUGUCACCAACUAAAAAAUCUUUUCUUAGCAACUUCAAGAUAAAAAACAUAUUUGAAAAAACUGAAGACAGACCUACCCCACCUCAAGUUUAUAAUAUUAGAAUAUAUCUUACAGCAAUAAUGGCAUCAGCAGCAGCAAUUAUUAUUGGUUAUGAUAGUGGAUUCAUUGGAGGAGCAGUUAGUUUACCAUCUUUUCAAAAAGAAUUCGGUUUAGAUACAGCACCAAAUUCAGCUUAUAUAAUCUCAAAUGUUAUUUCUGUGUUUCAUGUUGGUUGUUUUUUUGGUGCACUUUUUUCGUACUUUGGUUCAUAUUAUUUUGGUAGAAGAAUUCCUUUAAUUGCUGCUGCUCUUUUAAUUACUUUAGGUUCUGGUGUAAUGCUUGCUUCUAAUAGUUCUGCUGGAUUAGGUCCUAUUUAUGCAGGUAGAGUUUUAGCUGGGUUAGCUGUUGGUUGUUCGACAAAUUUAACUGUUGUUUAUAUUUCUGAAAUUUCACCACCUGCGAUUAGAGGUCAAUUGACAGCUAGUUACGAGAUAGGAUGGAGGGUCGGGGACCUAGUAGGUUUUUUCAUAGCAUUUGGAACUAAACAACAUUUUUCAGAUGAUCUGAAGAUGCAAUGGUAUAUACCUUUUGCAAUUCAAUUGAUUCCUUCAGGAUUAUUUUUAAUUGGUAGUAUUUUUAUGAAAGAAAGUCCAAGGUGGUUAAUGCAAGUUGGGAGAUAUGAAGAGGCAGUUAAAAACCUUACUUGGCUUAGACAGUUACCGGAGACUGAUGAGUAUAUCAUUUACGAAAUUAAUCAAUGUAAGGAAAGUAUUGAGGAACAAAAAGCAAAAGUUGGUUUGGGAAUAUUGGAUCCAUUUUACGAGGUAUUUUUUCACAAUCGAAAGGUAUUAUAUCGUUUAUUCAUCACCGUUAUGCUUUUCUUGUUUCAGAAUUUUAUGGGUAUUCAAGCUAUCAAUUAUUAUUCGCCAAAAAUUUUUCAAAGUUUGGGGGUUAAGGGUGUAAGUGCUUCAUUGUUAUCUUCAGGUUUAUUUGGAGUUGUUAAAUUCGUUAUGACCUUUGUCUACAUUCUUUUCAUCGUUGACACAGUGGGAAGAAGACCAGCAUUCAUGGUAUCAUCAACAAUUUGUUCCAUAUGUUUUUGGUAUAUUGGUGCUUUUUUGAAAAUAGCUGAUCCAACAAGACCAGGAAUACAAAGUUCAGGACCUGGUUCAAAGGCAGCUAUAGGUUUGAUUUACAUUUGGAUUUCAGCCUUCAUUAGUAGUUGGAGUGGAGGUCCUUUCGUACUCGGCACAGAGUUAUUCGAUCAGCAUAUCAGGUCCUUUACUCAAUCGAUAAAUGCUGCUACAUCAUGGGUUGCUAUUUUUGUUAUGUCAAGAUGGACACAAAAUAUGAUAAAAACUAUGCAAUACGGAAUUUACUUUUUCUUUGCCUCGGUUGCUUUAAUAUCUAUACCAUUCGUUUACUUUAUGCUUCCUGAAACAAUGGGUAUAGCUUUGGAAGAUAUGGAUAAAUUGUUUGAUACAAGAAUUCCUGCUAGAAAAGCUCACAAAAUUGUUUUAAGUAAUGUCAAACGUGAACAUGAGGAAAUAUUUCAGGAAAAUCAUGAAAAUCAUCUAUUUAAGAUGGAUACAAACAAACCAGAAGUUGAGAAUGUUGAGAAUAUUUUUGUCAAUGACAGGAUCAGUGAUAAAGAAAGAGUUUGA